CUCUUAUCGCGGUCGCCGCCUUGCGAUUGGCUGCCUUUUCGUGGCAUUCAUGCCAGAAAUGCGUGCCUCCUUUUAUCCACACGCGCGGCAUUCGCAAAUUGCAAAUUCUACAUGUAGCACCUAAAUUGGCUUGGCUCCCACACGCAAGAUGGGUCCAAAGGAAAUGCAUGACGACGGUAUUAUCCUGACGCCGGUCAUCCUGGAGAUGAGCCACCUCGACUUCGAGAAGCCCGACCUGCUGCCGCAAAUCGAGCCGUCGGCGCCAAACAGCUCGGCCGCCUCAGUCUGCUCAUCGCAGGCGGUCCUGGUGCGUCCUGAUGGCGACGGCGACAGUCAAGGACCAGGAGACGGAGCAAAUUGUGACAAUGGCUCUCGAUCAAGAGGCGUCAUCAAUGAAUCGCACAGAAAGAUUUUCAGCCAGGUGGUACUUCCGUUUUUCAUCGCAGGAAUGGGCAUGGUUGGCGCCGGCAUCUACCUUGACAUGGUUCAGUAUUGGACCGUUUUCGAAGAGCUACCAGAGACGUUUGUGCUGGUACCGGCCUUGCUGGGGCUGAAGGGCAACCUGGAGAUGACCCUGGCGUCUCGGCUGUCCACCGCCGCCAACCUGGGCCACAUGGACACGACCAAGGGCAAGGUCGAGCUGGUGGCCGGAAACAUGGCCCUUCUGCAGGUGCAAGCCAUCGUUGUGGGUCUGUUGGCAGCAAUCGUGGCCUUUUUCUUGGACCUGGCCGUGUCCCAACACUUUGUGCUCAACCACUUGCUCCUGCUGUGCGCGUGCGGCAUCGUCACCGCCUCCCUGGCCAGCCUCAUUCUAGGUUUCAUUAUGUCGAGUGUCAUCGUCCUGUCAAAAAUAUGCAAUGUAAAUCCAGACAACGUUGCGACGCCGAUCGCCGGCGCCCUUGGAGACAUCACUGCCCUCGUCAUCCUAUCGUUCACUGCCACUGCCUUUUACAAUAUUCUUGACACGGCCUCAUGGGUGUACCCAAUGAUCUGCGCAAUCGCUGUUCUAAUAAUUCCUCUGUUUUUCUGGUUCGCCAGACGUAAUAAAUUUACCAAAGAUGUCCUUUACCAUGGCUGGACCCCAGUGCUCAUUGCAAUGCUUGUUCAAACGUCCGCUGGUUUGAUCCUGGACCGUGUGACGGCCCGAUCGCCCGGAGUUGCUAUUUUCCAGCCGGCGGUAAAUGGCGUCGCUGGCAACCUGGUGGCCAUCCAGUCGAGCAAAAUGUCAACGUACCUGCACCAGGUGGUGAGCAUGGGCUCCCUGCCGGAGGGAAUGUCCGUUUGCCUCAGCCCGAUCUCCGUAUUCUUUUCGAAAAAUCAGCUGUCAAAAACAGCUCGUGUGCUGAUGUCCCUCGUGAUACCCGGCCACUUGGUUUUCGCCUAUGCCAUAAGUCUAUGGAAGCGGCAUGACGCAAAUUUGCACGGUGUUUUUGUUGUCCUAUAUUUAAUCGCUGUGUUUGUCCAGGUGGGGAUCAUAAUCUACGUCGCUAGCGUGCUGACGCACUUGUUCUGGACCCGUAAGAUGGAUCCGGACAACAAUUGUAUCCCCUACAUGACAGCAUUGGGUGACUUUUUGGGAAUCUUGUUCAUGGGAGUGGUUUUCGAGCUCCUCAAACUGUUUGGUGUUCCAAUAGACGAUGGAGGAAUGCCCUGAUCUCAAAAAUGAUCUUGAUUUGGAGAGUCGAAAUCUACUCGAAAACGAUGGCGCUGGACGCAUCAAUUGCUGGCGCGAGCAAAGAGAUUUCCCCCCACUUAUGGACAAGUGAAGUGCAACUCUUAACCCAGAGGAGAAAGAUUGUCGUUUUAAAUCUUGACAUUCCUCGUAUCGCUCUUAUGUAGGCGUUAUGUAAUCUCUGCUAAAAUUUUAAUAAACAA